AUGAGUGAUAACUUAAAUGACCAUAUGCGUGAACAUGUGAAGUUUCAAGAUCUAUUUGAGUCUUAUCCUGAUGCUUUUAAUGCUCUUAAGUCACAACAGAUCAUAAGUGUACUUAGCGGAAAUGAAUUAGAAAUUAGCAAGAAAUUUGUGAAUGAAAAUAAAUUUUAUGUUGAGCGCAAAUUCAUUCCUGAAGAUGCAAUUUUUAUUGUUUAUGAGUACGAAUUUGGACAAGAUUAUGUUUAUGAUUAUGACACUUAUAAAGAGCAUGUUGAGAAAAGAACACAAAACAAAACUCUUCAAGAAUUUACUGAUGAACUUUUUAGCAAAAAUCCACAUGAAAUUUUACAAUUCUUUGAUCAAGCCAGAAAAAAUGAUUAUGCCAAAAGCCUUCAUAAGACUCUUGAUCAGGAACUAUUAAAAUUUAUGCACAAAAAUUCCUCAGAAAUGAUUCAACAAGCAGAAAAUGAGAAAAUUCUAAUUUUUCAAGAAAAAAUUAAUUUUGAGGUUAGAAUUUUUGAAGAAUGCUUCAAGUCUGGAAAUUUGGUUCUUAUUUGGAAUGCAUUUGAUGAAAUUGCACCAAAACACAAUGAAUUUGUCCUUAAUGUCCUAAAAUCCAUCUAUAAGACUUCUUUAAAUAUUCAACUAGUUUGCACAAGACCUUUAUAUUCAGAUCAGUUGAGGAAAGCAUUUAAAGUUAGGAUUUGGGAGCUAGUUCCAUUUAAUGAAAAAGAAAAAAGUAAAUUUUUUAGAGAAUUUUUCAUUUUUAAAAAUGUUUUAAGUGAAAAUGUUGAAGGCAUUAUUGAGAAAAUUGGAAAAAUUGUAGCAAAAUUAAACUUUAAUCAAAAUUCCUUUGUAUACAAUUUUGAAACUCCUUUAAUGUUGCGACUAAUAGCUGAAAUCUAUGAAGAUGAAAAAUUAUUUGAAUCUGCAAAUAUCUACGGAAUUUUUAAAGCAUUCGUGGAAAACAAAAUUGAAAUUUGGUUAGAAAAAAUUAGAGGAUCAUUUAGCGUAGCCAAAAAGUUGCUUUUUAAUGGUGAUUUAAAAAUAAUUUUACAAAAAUUUGCAUUGAAAAAUGAGUAUACAUUAUAUUCGACUACAACAUUAGGAUUAAAAAUGAGAAAAUUGCAAAUAAUGCAGAUAGAAAAUCCAAAAGAUAUUCCAAUUGAGGAAAUCUCGCGAAUGGGAAUUUUAUUUAUUAACGGAAAAAAUAAUUUUGAAUUUUCUCACAAAACUUUUUCGGAAUUUCUCGUUGCUCAAUUUUUCAUUGAAAACAUUUUUGAAUUUGACAGAUUUAUGGACAAUGAUGAAGCUGAAUUAAGACUCGAAAUGUUUUUCUACUUAACACAUCAGUAUGGAGACGCUCAGCAAAUAAUUACGGACUUCAUGACCUCAUACCUUAAAAUGAAACAACAAAAAACUAAAAAUUUCUAUUCAAAAAUUUCAAAACUGUUAAGAACAAAAUUUAAGAAUUUUUUCGUUCGAAUGCUUGACACAAACUUCCCAAAAGUUUUUGAAUUUCUAUUCGAAUUUUUUAAGCCUGAUCAUGACUUGCUUGUUGACUUGCUUCAUGUCGAUGAAAAUGAAACUUUUUACACAGCUAUAUUUAAUCCAAAUCACUUUGCACUGUUCACAGAUCCUAAAGAUAUCAAAAUUUUGGCUCAAAAUUGCUUGAAUGAAACGGAAUCCCAAAAAUUUUUGGCUGGAAAAAAUCAAAAAGGAAAAAUUUUAUUUGGAAUUCAUUUUUAUGGCUUGCUGAAUAUCACAAAAGUACAUGAUGCUUACAGUCCAGAACUUGCGGCACUAAAUUGCACUUCAUUUUGGGAUUUUUUUACAAAAAUCAAAGAAAUUUUGACAAUUGAAGAACAGAAAGAACUUUUCAUAGCUGCAUUAAGUCCAAAAAUUUAUAUAUUUUUUGACAGUAUAUUUAGCACUGCUGACUUUUCCGAAUAUGAAAAGCUUUGGACAAAUUUUGAAAAUUUACUGUCUCAAAAAGAAAUGCAAGUUGCACUUGGAGAUGCUCUUGUGCUUUAUUUUGAAAUUUUCCCAAAUAAAAAUGCAGGCCACGAAAAAUUCAUAAAAUUAUUUCUUAAAAAAGCUGAAAAGUUUUUGUCCAAUUCACAAAUUUCUGAUAUGAUUUUGGAAAAAAAUAUUUUACAUGAAGCUCAUUGGGAUCCAGCAAGUUUUAAAAGUUUAUGGAGUUUCCUCAAUAAUCACACUAGUGAGGAACAACGAAAAGACAUUUUACUGCAGGAUGAUUUGGAUGAUAAAAAUUUCUUUUUUUAUUCUUCUUAUAAUGAAUUUAAGGAAAGCUUUUCUAACAAAAUUUAUCCAUACUUUUAUUUUGACUUUACACCAUUUAAAAUUUAUCACCGUGUUUUAGCAACUCCAGAUGCACCAAUUUUUGAUUUCACAGAAGAAAUUUAUCAAAAUCAUUUUAACACAACAGAAAUUCAAAAAAUAUUUUUUAACACAAAUGACUUCCUUUAUUAUGUAAUUGGUAGGGCAGAAAAAGAACUAUUCCAGAAAUUUGCGGUAUUUUUGCAAAACCUUUUUAAAGGAAAUGAAAGAAUGUUGAAAGAAUUUUUGGGAAGAAAAAUUGAACCAACAAGAUUGUCAGUUUUUGAACUGGUUGAAGAUUAUCGAGGUCUUUCAAACCUUAGGCCUGAAUAUUUUAUAAAUCUUAAAAUAAUAUCUGAUUUAUAUGAUCAAAUUUAA